AUGGCCAAUUCCUAUUCUCUAUCUCUUAGCUUUGCUUAUGCCACCACAGCGCCACCUGCCAACAGGCACAACCAUACCCACUACACAAUUUGUCUGCACGCCAACCAGUACAGAUCCAAGAUGCCCACCAAAUUGCAACUUCAACCCAAACGACAUUCGAUGCCCUCCACCGGCCACGACUACCACACCCCGGCUGACAACAACGCAAUUCAUGUCCAAGACCAACGACAACAACCACUCAUAGACCAACAACCACCCAAUUCGUAUGCAGACCUGGAAGUUUGGAUCCGAGGUGUCCACCAGAUUGCUUCAAUUUCCCGAAUGAUCCGAGAUGUCCUAAACCGACUACAACAACUACGCCAAGAACAACAACCACAAUAUUCACCUGUAGACCGGGAAGUUUAG